UCUCUCUCUCUUUUCUCUCUUUCUACAUAUUUAUAACUGUUUAUAUAUUUAUCCAAGUAAGAAUAUGAAGUUUGGAAAGGCUUUAAUAGCGAAUCAAAUCCCAGAAUGGUCAAAGAAUUACUUAUCGUACAAAACUUUAAAAAGGCAAAUUAAAACAGCUUCAACUCGUUUACCUGCUCAAGAAGACGUUACAGCCAUCUUUUUUCAUUUGGAUAGAGAAUUAGAAAAGAUAAACACAUUCUUUGUUUAUAAACAAACUCUUAUUCAUCGUCGUCUAUGGAUUUUACGAGAAAAAUAUGAUGCCUGUCAUGAUGAAGAAGAAAAUGAUGAGCUUGUUUCUGCCUUAAAGGAAAUAAAAAAUCAAAUGAAUAAACUUUUGUGGUUUGCUGAAUUAAACACAAAGGGAUUUCGUAAGAUACUUAAAAAAUUAGAUAAGAAAUUAGAAUUAGAAACCCAAAAUGUUUAUUGGGAAACAAAGGUGGCAGUACUUCCUUUUACUAGUUUAGCUCAACUACGUAGAGAACUAGAUCAAGUUUCGGAUUGGAUUUUAAAUCUUAUCAAUUUAGCUAAAAAAGAUGAAAAAAUAUCAUUAUAUAAAGGCAAUAAUAGUAGCUCUUCACUCAAAUUGGCUCGUUUUACAUCAAAAAAUGAAGACAUCUCAAAGGCUAUUAUUGAAGAUAAUCCAAAAAAAUUAGCUUUAUUGUUAUUAAAAGAAGAAGAAACAAGGAUAAAUGAUGCUAUAUUGGAAUUAAGUGUGGAGAAUGAAUCCAUUCAAUGUCUUAAAUAUCUUGUUUCAACAUUAGGUCUAUCUUUAGCAAAUAAUAGAGAUAUAAAUGAACGCAAUCUAUUACAUCGUACUUGUAUGCGUGAAACACCCAAGUUGAUUAUAGUUAAAACGUUAUUGGAAUUAGAACCUUCUUUAAAUAUACAAAAGGAUUUUACUGGACGUAGACCUUUACAUUAUGCAGCAGAAAAGAACAAUGCCAAAUUAGUCAAAUGUUUGUUACAACACGCUAUUGAUCAUCAUCAUUACUCUCUCUCUGUUGGAUUCACUAACCAACAGUGGCAAGAUCGCGAUGGUUUUAAUCCGUUCUUUUUUGCUAUUAUUCAUGGAAGUACAGACGCCAUAAAAGAAAUGAUUGAAAUCGGGCAGAUUAAUGAUAUUGAUAGUCUAUUAAUAUCAAAUAGUACAUCAUUACCAUCUUCUCCUAGUACAGUGUCUUCAUUUUCGGAUAAAAAUUCUUCGGUUAUAUCUUCUUUUGAAGAUCUCAUGAUAUCACCUUCAAAUGGUCAGUUUGAUUCCUCGUUAUUGUCUGAUUCUUUACCAACUGCAAAUCAUUCUUCAUUAUGUUAUCAUUAUUCCUAUUUAUCUUUAUCUGCUGUUGCCUUGGCAUGUAGAUUAGGAAAUCUGUCAUUAUUAAAGCUACUCAUUGAAAAGGGUGCUUCCGUUAACAUAGCGGAUGAGGAUGGUGAAACAGCCUUAUCGAUUGCAAUUCAAAAUAAUUUUGUAGAAGGAAUUAAGGUAUUAAUUAAACAAGGUCAUGUGAAUAUCAAUAUAGCCGAGAAAGUCAAUGGCUGGACGCCUCUUAUGAUAGCAGCUAUUGAGGGAUAUAAAGAUAUUGUGGAGAUUUUACUAGAGGCUAAUGCUAACAAAGACAUGAUAGAUCAUAAUGGCUGGACGGCCUCAGAUCAUGCUGUAUUUCGUGGCUUUCUUGAUAUUGGUCGCUUAACUUCAUCUCCUAUGAAUUUCAAUAUGAUUCAAACCACACAUAAUAAUGACAACCAAGCUAAGAGUAACACGCCAACAAGAUCAAGAUCUAGAUCUAGAUCUAAAUCUUCUGUUUCUACUACUAAAGCCAGUCGUCUUUAUGGUCAUAAAUAUCUUACUGAUCUUUCUAUCAUCAUCAUCACUCUCGGCUCUAAUGAUAUUCGAAACCCUCUAUGCCAAAAAUUUAUUGAAUUCUCUGAAAAAUUCUUAUCAAAUAGUAACGAGAAGCCUGAUGAUCAUCCACCUCGACUCUCCCUAUCCUUCUCGGCUCUCAAUGCAACAGGUGAAUUCCCCAUCAUUAUCGAUUUACCUUCUGAUCUCACAUCAUCAACCGCCACCACCACCUCCACCUCCACCUCUACCACCACCACCACCACCACCACACCUCAUCAUUUUCAUCCUGAACCUAUCAUCUUAUUUACUGCUGCUAAACCUGAGGAAGUCACGUUAAGGUUUGACCUAAUUGAAACCUUUAAUGAGUCAAGUACUGAAGGUCUACUGGCUAGAGGUACAUCUCUUCUGACGGGUGAUUCUAUAUUUACAAAAUCAAAAGGUUAUAUGGGACCUACCCAAAAGGCCUCUCUACGAGGUAGACAACAUGUUCCUUUAGUUCAAGCAAAGGAUCUUGAAUGUAUUGGUACAUUAGGAUUUGAAUAUUUUGUCAUUACACCUUUCCAUCAUAAAAAGAUGCGUGUUGGGGAUCGGUAUACGUAUUACAAAUCAUUAGAAACUCAAGUCAUCGGUCACCGUGGUUCUGGUAUGAAUAGGAAGGGUGGUUCAAAACUACAAGUGGGCGAAAACACUGUCCUAUCCUUUGUGACAGCUGCUUCAUUAGGUGCUGAAUAUGUGGAGUUUGAUGUUCAAUUGACAAAGGAUUUAAUACCUGUGGUCUAUCAUGAUUUUACAGUUGCUGAAACAGGAUUCGAUAUCCCUUUAAACGCCAUUACAUUAGAGCAGUUUUUAAACCUCAGAAGAUCAGGACAUAUCAAAGAAAACCAUACAGGUGUAAGUGAUCAACAUGGCAUUGUUGUCUCUACUACCGUAAAGGAUUCAUUGCCUUCAUUAUUAUCCAUAUCACCAAAUGAUACAAACAAACCUCAGUUGUUGCACCUAAGCAGCAGUAGCAAUGAAGUAAAAUCGUCUAAACGCACAAAUCGAUCCCAUUCCUUUAGCAGUAGUAGUAAUAAUAAUAGUAGUCGCAGCAGCAGCAGCAGCAACAACAACGCGAUUAGAAACCAAUUUAAUGACCCCUUUGAAUUUACUCGAACUUUUAAAAUGGGUAAAAUCAAGGGGAAUGGGCCCAACACGAUCCAGGGACCAUUUACAACUCUAGAAGAGACCCUGAAGAGCGUUCCAAAAUCAGUUGGUUUCAACAUUGAAGUCAAAUACCCCAUGAUUGAUGAAGCUGAACAGGAUGAACUCACAUCCUUUCAAGAACUUAAUAUUUAUGUGGAUUCAAUCCUUGAAUGUGUCUAUGACCAUGUAGAGGAAAAUCGUCAUAUUAUCUUUUCUUCUUUCCACCCGGAGAUCUGUUUAGCGCUUAACCUUAAGCAGCCUAAUUAUCCUGUCUUCUUCUUGACAGAUGCAGGUACCUUGUCCGUCGCAGACAUAAGAUGCAACUCUCUAAGAGAGGCAGUUAGAUUUGCUAAACAGGCCGAUUUAUUGGGUAUUGUUGCUGCAAGCGAACCCAUCUUGACAAAUCCACGUAUGGUUCGAGUUAUUCAAGAAACAGGUUUAUUGCUAUUUACAUAUGGUAUAUUGAAUAAUGAGGUAGAGAAUGCAGUUGCGCAGAAAUCAUACGGUGUAGAUGCUGUCAUUGUGGAUUCUGUUCUUCCUGUUAGAAAGGGAUUACGCGGAGAUGCAUAGUAAGACACUAAUUUCAAAUAUAUCGAUCUAUAAUCUCACUGAUAUCAAUGUGCUCUCCCCUCUUCUAUAUGUAUAGACAAUAUAAAAUAUUUUAAAUGUUUGCCAAAUUUCAAUUAAUUUAAUACAUCUUUCUUAUUCGUCUUUAUUACUAUUCCCAGUAAAAAAAAAAAAAAAAAAA